CAGAGAACACAAAAAGAGGCAAAAGAUGUUUACUUGCAUAGCUUGUACGAAAGCAGACGGAGGUGAGGAAGUCGAAAAUGGAGCGCGUGGAGGCAUCACUCCCAAUACUAAAGAAGCCGUCAAAAGCCUAACCACACAGAUUAAAGAUAUGGCUUUGAAAUUCUCUGGUGCUUAUAAACAAUGCAAGCCAUGUACUGGUUCCUCUAACAGCCCCAUGAAGAAAGGACAUAGACCGUUCCCAGAUUAUGACAAUGCCUCUGAAGGUGUUCCAUACCCUUACAUGGGUGGAAGCGCGGGUUCAACUCCUGCUUGGGACUUCACAAACUCCUCUCACCAUCCAGCUGGACGGUCAGAGUCAAAAUUCACUUCAAUCUAUGGAAACGAUCGGGAAUCGAUCUCUGCUCAGUCUUGUGAUGUGGUGCUAGAUGAUGAGGGGCCUAAAGAGUGGAUGGCUCAAGUAGAACCUGGUGUCCAUAUCACAUUCGCUUCGCUUCCCAAUGGAGGAAAUGAUCUGAAACGUAUCCGCUUUAGCCGGGAGAUGUUCGACAAGUGGCAAGCUCAACGGUGGUGGGGUGAGAACUAUGACAAAAUCGUUGAGCUUUACAAUGUACAGAGAUUUAACCGUCAAGCCCUUCAAACGCCUGCAAGAUCCGAGGACCAGUCACAGAGAGAUUCAACUUACUCGAAGAUGGAAUCAGCGAGAGAAAGCAAAGACUGGACCCCAAGACACAACUUCAGACCUCCAGGAGUGAAUGUCCCGCAUCAUUUCUAUGGUGGUUCAAGCAACUAUGGACCAGGAAGUCAUCAUGGAGGACCUCCAAUGGAUGCAGCACGAACCACCACUUCUUCCAGAGAUGAACCACCAUCAAUGAGCAACGCUAGUGAAAUGCAGGCUGAGUGGAUCGAAGAGGACGAGCCCGGUGUUUACAUUACCAUCAGACAAUUAGCAGAUGGGACCAGAGAGCUACGUCGGGUCAGAUUCAGCCGGGAACGAUUUGGGGAAGUGCACGCAAAGACAUGGUGGGAGCAGAACAGAGAGAGAAUACAAUCACAAUACCUCUAAAAAGAAAACAGAAAUAUGAGUCUCUCUACCAAAUCUUUAAUUGAUUAAUCUCCUCCU